AGGCCGAAAAGAAAGAAAAAGAAAAAGAGCAGCGGGAGUAAGCUACACAUGAGCCUUUCAUAAUGCUUAUAAUCAUCAUCACAGAUUCACAAUCGCAUUCGGAAUCGUAUCUCAUAUUCGCUAGUGUCUUUUCGUUUCUCGAAAGUUGAGACUAUAAGAAACGCAGCCGUUCGACAGCAGCCACCAUUUUUAGGACCUCUCUCUCUCUCUCUCUCUCUCCCUUUAUUUUAUCGGCUUUCGCUUAUUGUUUCAUUGCCACUGCUUUCUUUCCAAUUCUUUGUAUGCUUGUGAGGCCUUAGAAGACGUGUAGCUCUUCUUUCCAUGGCUUGCCUGAGCGAUGAGAGCUGGGUUUCUCUUCCUAAAAUGCUGUCAGAGCGGCUCUCUCUUAGAGAAGACCAGGAUGAGCAGGAAAGGAAGAGAUUUAUUGAUUCCAAGAUUGCCCAGCACCGGUUAGAGAAGUUUUUUCCUGUUUAUGCAUUGGGGAUUUCAAGGCCCGACUCAGACUCUGUUGUGUCGGUUUUCAAUUCGGAUGACCCGCUUGCUGACCCUAUUUGGGACGCUGUGAAAGAAGAGGCCAAGUUGGAGGCAGAAAAGGAGCCAAUUUUGAGUAGCUUCUUGUAUGCCAGUAUAUUGUCCCAUGAUUGCUUAGAGCAAGCCUUGGGGUUUGUUCUUGCGAAUAGACUGCAGAAUCCUACACUUUUGGCGACUCAGCUAAUGGAUAUAUUUUGUGAUGUGAUAAUGCAUGACACUAGUAUUCGGCGUUCAAUUCGCCUAGAUAUGCAGGCAUUUAAAGACCGAGAUCCUGCAUGCUUGUCAUAUUGCUCAGUUCUGUUGUAUCUUAAGGGAUAUCAUUCUCUGCAAGUGUAUCGAGUAGCACAUGCCUUGUGGAGCCAAGGGCGCAAAGUAUUGGCAUUGGCAUUACAAAGCCGAAUCAGUGAGGUUUUUGGAGUUGACAUACAUCCAGCUGCGAAAAUUGGAGAGGGAAUAUUACUGGAUCAUGCGACAGGUGUGGUUAUUGGUGAAACUGCUGUCGUAGGAAACAGAGUUUCAUUGAUGCAUGGUGUAACUUUAGGAGGAACAGGAAAAGAAGUUGGUGAUCGUCAUCCAAAAGUAGGUGAAGGUGCACUAAUUGGAGCUAGUGCAAAUAUACUUGGGAAUAUAAAAAUAGGUAAAGGUGCGAUGGUAGCUGCAGGAUCCCUUGUGUUAAAAGACAUCCCUCCCCACAGCAUGGUGGCAGGAAUACCAGCUAAAGUGAUUGGAUAUGUAGAUGAGCAAGAUCCAUCAUUGACAAUGAAGCAUGAUGCUAGCAAAGAAUUUUUUGAACAUGCAGCAAUUAUUUUUAAAGACGGAAGAUCAACCGGAGCUCAAGACCGUGGAAGAAGUAAUGAAGGCACUUAAGAGAUGUGGGAAAAUGGCAAAUUGGCAAUGCCUCUCUGCAUGUUAAAUGCAAAAACGAUGAAAUGUUUUUCCACUAGCUUUGAAAUGUCGUUACUCAUUUGCAUAAUUCAAGAGAUGAUAAAGCCAAGCGAUUAUUCUUUCUUUGUAGUUU